AUGGCCGUGACACGACUCUACGACUUGCCGGAAGAUUGUCUAUCCCAUGUUAUUGGGUUCACGUCUCCUCGUGAUGUGUGCCGAUUCAUGCUUGCAUCGACUGUGUUUUGCAAUUCUGUCGAGUCGGACCUCGUGUGGGAUAAAUUUUUGCCUUGUGAUUAUCUCGAUAUUAUUUCGAAGUUGGUGUCUCCGGUGGAGUUUUCUUCAAAGAGGGAUUUGUUUUUCCAGCUUUCUACUCCUCUUCUCAUUGAUGGGGGUAACAAGACAUUUGCAAUUGAUAAAUUUACAAAUAAGAAAUGCUACAUGUUGAGUGCUAGGGAAUUGUCAAUUGCUUGGGGAAACUAUCCUCUUUACUGGUGCUGGAAACGCCUUCUUCAAUCAAGAUUCUUGGAAGGAGUGGAGCUUAUAAUGGUUUGCUGGCUUGAGAUACAAGGUAAAAUCAAUACUCGGAUGUUGUCAUCAAAUACAACUUAUGGAGCCUACCUUGUUGUUAAACUUGCGGGCCGGGCUUUUGGAUUAGAUUCCCUACCAUCAGAAGUUUCAAUUGAAGUUGGCAGUGACGGAUCGAAAAGAAAGAUUUACCUACGACAUAAUAAGCAAAAGAAACGAGAAUUUGAACAUGUUUUUAAUACACGACACAAAAUUGAUAGGCCAAGAUUAAGGUCAAUAUCGAAAGUUUGUGAAGUAGAAGAAUGCUUUCUUCAUGAACGUAGAGAUGGAUGGUUAGAGGUUGAAUUGGGCGAGUUUUAUUGUGAUGGCAAAGACAGAGAGGUGAAAAUGAGCUUAAAAGAGGUCAAAGGCGAGCACCUCAAAGGCGGCCUUAUUGUUGAAGGCAUUGAACUUAGACCUAAAUUCUAG